CCACCUCAUUUUUCAUCUGCUUAGUUCCACUGCUGUGCUCUGAGUUGCCUAAGGGCACCGCAAGGGCAGGCAGGGGAACUCCUGUUUGGAGAGGAGGGUUGGUGAUGCCUCACAUUCCUGGUGAGCAGAAGCCCCAUUGGUCCUGCCAGAAGCUGGAAUGAUCCUCCCAGUCUCAUGUGGGCCAACAGUUACUUUUCAGAGUAUAUAAAGCAGCCCCAAGACGUGAGGAUGUUCCAUUCCCCGUGUGACGAAGACAUCCACCAGCGAUGAAGGCCCUUCUGAUCUUCGUGGUGGCUGGAAGCUUCUUCAUGCAGCCGACUGGUUCACUGAAGUGUUACACCUGCAACACCCAGGUCAACAACAAUAACUGCAAAGGACAGCAAAACUGUGAUGGAAUUGGACAAGUAUGCAAAACAGAUGUCAUUGGUGUCGUGGGACUUUUCAACGUCAUCUCGAAAGAAUGUACCGCGUCAUGUGAUCCAUACUUCAGCGACUUCAAGGUGGGAAGAAGGAAUGUCUCCUGCUGCGCCACCGACCUCUGCAACGUCAACGGAGCCUCCGACUUCAAGAUGGGUUACGUCCAAGUGGCCUUGGCCCUUUCGGCCAGCCUUGCCUGCAUCCUUCUCAGAAGCAGGCUCUGAGGAGAGGGCUGCGCAUGUAGCUGUACAGAAGAGAAACCAAAUCUAGAUUCUUUCCCACUAAAGUGACAUUCGAAACCUUAUAGAUCUGUUGAACGGCACUGA